CGUGUCGUGGCUCACCUUGUACAGGAUAUAACUUGGUCGCCAGCGAUAACGCUUCCUGUUAAGCCAUCAGCAUGCUGUCCAUUCCCGAGGUCUGCCCUUCGUGCCCGGCGACGCCAUGAAUGCUCUUCGAGAUGAACAAUGCGCAGUCGGCAGUCGUCUUGAAGUGCAAACGACAGGCCGAGCAUUGUCCCGUCGCAGCGCCAGCCUCAUGCGCUUCGCAGCAACACCUCAUCACGUUACUUUAUGGAUGGGUGGUCACUUACCUCGUCCACAGCCGGCGGUGAUUGGAGUGCCUGACACAGAUUGCUUGACACGCGACGCCGCGUCGGGAUCCUCAGCGAACCACGACCCAGUAGACGUGCGACUGCGUGUGAUUGGUGACCAGAGAGGGCGCAGAGGCGUGAUUGGAGGGAUGUCAGAUGGCGGCGGAUGAUGGAAGCGCUGGCUGGCUUCUUAUUCACUCGCUAACUUUUUGAGUGCGAGGGGGGCUGAAGCGGUCGCGCGGCGGAGUCCGGGCGCUAAGGAGAUUUGCUGGUAAUGAAGCUAGGGGCACGGGCAUUCGUCAUGUGAGGAAGUGUCGAUGUCAGUGUUGGACGAUAAACUACGCAGGACGUUGCUUCAUAACCCGCG